UCAGUGAAUGCUACCUCACUGUCACGGAAGCAAGGACAUUUCAUAAGCAUACUAGCUUGCUAGCCAUACGAAUGGAAGCAAACUAAAUGGACAAAGAACAUUUAAACUUCAAAGUCGCUAGCUAUCCAAAUUGAUUCUUGACAGUAUCUGUCAGCAGAAUCUUGCGUUAUGUUUUUCUGUCAUCCAUAUACAUAAUCAUGUCAGCUAACUUUAUUAUACCGGUAAUGUACCCAUGUGCCGCCUUACUCAGACAAGGUACAAGGUUAGUUAACAUUGAAUGAAUGGGAACAUCCUUGGACAGAGGGUUGUCUUAAAAAAAUGGCUAAUAAAAGCAGGGUAUUGGUACAGAGGCUUCUCUUCGCGCUGAGACGAGACAGCAGGGCAUAUUCUGUUUGGCAAAACACCGCUCUUCCAACUGUGAGCCAAGGACAUCUGACCAAAUCCAACAUCACUCGAAUGAGGUGUACUCUCACUAUAAACAGAAACUUCGCGUGCAGCACAGCAGGUUCCAGCAGCCUGUCUUUCAGGAGCCACACUUGUGGAGAGUUGAGAUCUGUUCACGUGGGCGAUGAGGUCACUUUGUGUGGCUGGGUUCAGUACAUCAGACAAGACUUGUUUGUAAUCAUGAGAGAUUUUGGCGGUUUGACACAAAUUCUUAUCCCUCAAGACAAGUCCAAAAGUCAUCUGAAGAAAGUUCUGUGUGAGUUAACAGUUGAGUCAGUCAUCAAAGUGAAGGGCACAGUCAGGCUUCGGCCAGAAGGACAGGAGAACACGAACAUGCCCACAGGAGAGAUUGAGGUCUGUGCUGAGAGUGUGGAGGUUCUUAAUACCUGCCGGAAACUGCCUUUUGAAAUCAAAGAUUUUGUGAAGAAGUCUGAGUCCCUGAGGAUGGAGUACCGUUACCUAGACCUGCGCUCCUCUCAGAUGCAGACCAAUCUGAGAAUAAGGUCCCAGCUGGUGAUGAAGAUGAGAGAGUACCUCUGUAAUAUGCACGGAUUUGUGGAUGUGGAGACUCCUACCCUUUUUAAGAGAACUCCAGGAGGUGCUAAGGAGUUUGUAGUUCCUUCCAGAGAGCCAGGCCGGUUCUACUCUCUCCCCCAGAGUCCACAGCAGUUUAAACAGCUCCUCAUGGUGGCUGGAUUUGACAGGUACUUUCAACUCGCUCGUUGCUACCGAGAUGAAGGCUCCAAGCCAGACAGACAGCCAGAAUUCACCCAGGUAGACAUAGAGAUGUCUUUUGUGGAUCAGGCAGGCAUCCGGACACUGAUUGAGGGGCUGCUACAGCACUCAUGGCCUGUGGAGAAGGGUUCUGUCAGUGUUCCCUUCCCCUCCAUCCCCUAUGAGGAAGCCAUGAGGGACUACGGUGUGGACAAGCCAGACACACGCUUCGACAUGAAGCUGGUGGACGUGAGUGAGGUGUUCUGGCACACAGACAUCCAUUACCUCAAAGCUGCUCUCGACCAACCAGGAGGCUGCAUCCAGGCCAUCUGUGUCCCAGGCGGAACUACACGUAUGAAGGGCAAGGAUUUGGAAUCCCUUAAACAUACAGCCAAGACCCAGUUCAGUCAGGACGUGAGCGUGCUGUUGGUGAAGGCAGAUGGCACAUUGAAGUCUCCUCUCAGCAGACUGCUGUGUGGCCCAGCCAGGGAGCAGCUGUUGCAGACCGCCCAGGCCCGGCCGGGGGACCUGCUACUCCUCUCUGCUGGCCCUCUGGACACUGUGAGACCCCUGCUAGGGAAGCUAAGACUGCAGUGCGCUGACCUCCUGGAGGGCCGGGGCGUGGCGCUGAGACACCCCUCAGACUACCACUUCCUGUGGGUGGUGGACUUCCCACUGUUCCUGCCCAAGGAGGGAGAGCCAGGCCAGCUGGAGGCCGCCCACCACCCCUUCACUGCUCCGGUCCCUGAAGAUGCCCACCUUCUCUCCUCCGCUCCACACAAGGUCCGUGGGCAGCACUAUGACCUGGUUCUGAACGGUUCUGAGAUCGGCGGAGGCUCCAUCCGGAUCCACCAAGCCUCUCUGCAGCAGUACGUCCUCCAGAACAUCCUUCAGGUCAGACUUCCUGUUUGUCAGAACAUCCUUCAGGAGGAUCCGGCUCUUCUCUCUCACCUGCUGGAGGCGCUGGACUCUGGAGCGCCCCCUCAUGGUGGCAUAGCAUUGGGGCUGGAUCGCCUGGUGUCUCUGAUGGUCGGAGCGCCCAGCAUCAGGGAUGUGAUCGCCUUCCCCAAGUCCUUCCGGGGUCAUGACCUCAUGAGCCACGCCCCGGACUUUGUGUCAGAAGAGGAACUGAAGCCUUAUCACAUCUCUGUCAGCUGGCCGGCCGAGGGCGAGGGGCUCUAGUGAGAAGAUCUCUGGAUUCAUCCUGGCCCCAGCCUUUCUUUAGGACCUGGCUGGUCGUGUCUCUGUAGAGCAGCUUUCACCCUUGUUUACCAGUUACAUCUGAUCCACAAUAUCCAUGAGUGAGUAAGGACACGUGUCUGGAAUGCGCUCUAACCCUCCUUAGACUCCAGGUCUAUUCUGGUCCCACCAGAUGGUGAAACUGAGGAUGUCCCCGAGUGGGCAGCCUGAGAUGAGCCUUCUGAGGAAUGACUCGUCGUGCCAUGUCACCACGUCAACAGUGUAAGACUGGAGGACGAAAGAUACCUCAGCCGUGAGAGAAUACCCUGUUUUUGCACCUUUGUGUACCAUUUACGUUUCCCAUGGUUCCUCUGCUUGCUAACGGCAGUCUUACUACCCACGAUGGUGUCGGAAAAGAUGUCAGUUUCAGCUGAAUCGAUAUAGAUCAAUAUGGAAGCAUGCUGUGUGUAAUAAAGUAUGCCAUGAUUUGAUGGA